AUCCUGGCUCUGCUUUUUCGUUCUUCAACUGGCCAGACUGGUGCACUGAAAGGCUGGAGAUCUUAGAGGCUCAAAGGACGUGCUUUUUAACGUCUACUUUUGCUCGGCGUCUCAUUCUAUCCGCAUCAUGAGGCCGACGGUUGUGAGACUCGCCGAGUCUGUUACGAAGAGGCCGCUGAAUAUUCGUGAAGCUGGCGCAUCCCUCUUGCCACCUAUUCCUCUGUAUCGACGUCUUCUGAGGGCACACCGUGCUCUGCCUCUCGAAAUGCGAUCCCUUGGUGACGACUACGUCAAGGCAGAGUUCCGCCGGCAUAGAAGUGUAACGAACCCAGUGCACAUCAUCGGCUUCUUGUCGCAGUGGAAGAUAUACCUCGACGAGUUACCUAGUGGGACGGAUGCACAGAAUUUCUCGGGGAAAAAGCUUGACCCGCAACUCAUGGAAAAGAUGUCCGCGGAGCAACUUGGGCAGUUGUACGAGUUAAUGCACGCGACGAAGAAUGUUUGGAAUCCGAAUGUAGUCCCGGAUGGCGAAGAGGGAAGCGGCUCCAAGGCGUGACUAACUUCUUUGAGAAAGGCUGAGUUCGCCCGGUACUCGUAACCCCGCCAUCUCUUUGUUCGGACUUCAAGUUCGUCACGGUACACGGUUAAGAACGGCGUCCGUGCGUUUCCACACACAAGGUCUUCAGGGCCCUCUUCUGCACUAAGCCUCAUCUUCUCAGUAUCUCCGCGUUCGGGAAUGCCGGUAAUUGUCUCCUGGCUCCGCGCUCCUGGCCUGCCACUCCUGACCCGGACACCUCAGCCAUGCACCACUCUGGUCAUUCUCGUCUGCAUGCGUUACAUGGGAAGGGCAGCAUCUCUUAGGGUCAACUGUUCUAGCGGAUCUCCCACCUCUGUCACGUGUCGUAGAUAAGAAUACCAUUAAUUCGUCAGGC